AUGUCCUCGAAUGCAGCGGCUCUGCCUUCGCCUCCCGAAUUUCCACCCUGGGAAAAGACACCUCGUCCUCACUCAAUCGGGGGGGUGUAUUCGGGCGGUCAAGGGCACAUUGGCCGAACUGCUGGCGCUCUUCAGAACAACGGCCCCUCUGCUCCACAUGGUGCUCGAUCCCCGCGGUUCCCUAGCAUAAAAGACCUUCAAGAUGAAGCCGCUGCCCUAGACGUGAACGAAUCUUCGUCGCUGGAUGAUUUACUGAGUCGAGCCCAGGAGGCAAUUCAGCAAGCCAGGAGUUUCGCCGACAACGAUCAGCCCGACACAGCCUACGUCCAAUACCUUCGCGCCUCCGAGAUCACCGUCAACAUUAUCCCGCAUCAUGCAGACUACCGAGUCACUAUAAGCCAGCGUCCUCGGUGGUAUAAACAGUUCGCAAAUUUGAUGAUGGCUGUGCGAACGAAGCAAGGGACAAUGGAUGACAUCAAGCGACAGAUCCUAGAGGAUAAUUUUAUCAAUAACGUACAGCCCUCCGGUACACCCAAGCACAGUUCUCCGAGACCGGUCUCUGAAAUACUGCCUGCUGGGACUUUUCGAAGCUCAAGCCCGAGAGGCCGCCGGAACGACUCGGGAGAUAAUUCAGUACGGAUGCCCAGUCCCACGGAGUUCCAGCGGUCGCUCGAUACAAACAUGAAUAGAUUUUCAAGCCCUCCAGAAGAUAUGCUAGCACAGAGGUUUGCCAAAUUGAGAGCCUCACCUCCCACGACAAAUGGUUUAGAUUCGGUCAUCAACGGUCAAAACGGGACCAUUUCCAUGCCGCUCCAAGAAAACACCGACCAUCACUCUUCUCGACCAUCUUCUUACGUUCCCCCACGGUCACAGCAAACCUCCGCACUUAGUUCACCUUCGCGACGUCCCCUAGGCCCUCGCAGCAUGGGUGCUCCUCACGGUGCACCGACUCUACCUCCGAAGCUCCCCCUCAAUACGUCAUUGCCUCGAGCUCCAGAUCCUACUUAUAGUCCUAUUUGGUCGGUGCCGUCGCAGCCACCUUCGAACCCCCCUAGGACCUCUACGGAGAGCUCACGCCCCGUUAACCCGAGAUACUCUCAAUUUUCCAACUCGCCUCGCGGAAGUCCGAGUCGGAACGGAUUUGACGACAACCCUUACAGAUCACGCACCCCGAACGGGAUCCACCAAAUGAAGGAGGCUCGGAGCAGCACCGCAGACAUUCCACACACUCCCACUAUCAGCGCUCAAGAUUUACUUGAGUAUCUCCGACGGUAUAAUAUCUUGUUGAUCGAUGUACGCUCGCGCGACCAGUACGACGAGGGCCAUAUAUUUGCCAAGUCCAUUAUCUGCAUUGAACCGGUGGCGCUGAACGAGAAUGUGUCUGCAGACGACCUCGAGGAGCGGCUGGUAGUAUCUCCCGAGCAGGAACAGUCUUUGUUCGAGCGACGCAACGAAUUUGACAUGGUUGUUUACUAUGAUCAAAAUACGGGCUCUGUCAGUUACUUGGCAGGAUCGCCUGUUGGGACAACGGCGCCUCAUCUACGGGCGCUGCAUGACACCCUCUAUGAGUUCAAUCCUUAUAAGGCUUUGAAGGAUGGGCGGCCGCCGGCGCUUCUUCUGGGUGGCCUCGAUGCGUGGGUUGACCUUCUUGGACAACAAUCCCUUGUCACAUCUAACACUGCCGUUGCCAUGGGAUCGAUUCAAGAUAGGCGGAAAACCGGGAGACCACUUGGAAGGAAGCCGACAAUAGCGAGUGCCAAUUCCAGCUUGGAAGUGAGGAAAAGGCGGCUUCGCGAAUACAAGCCACUGAACCCCGAAGAGCUGACGGAAUGGAUGGAGAAAUCCAAGAACGAAGAGAUUGAUACCAGCACGUAUGUUGGAGAAGGUGAACUUACCGAGGAACCGGAGGACGAGGUACAGGAAGAGCAGCCACCUUCGCCAUUCGUGCACACUUACGAGGACUUUUUGCGCCGCUUUCCAGAGCCACACACCGUUCAGGAAUCCAUGGUGGCACCGCACUCUCGAAAACCAGUCCCGACCGCGCCCAACUAUGCAGCUCCCGUUCCCGUAGCGCCUUCGCGUCCUCCGCCCGCAGUUCCCCGUCCCAGCUAUAGCGGAGUAUCGGAUGGUCGACAGAUCCAGCCAACGCUAGAGCGGCAAAACUCUGCCACUAAAACCGCGCUGUACACGACGAACUCGAUCUUGAAUCGCAUCAAACUUCCUCGGACGGGGUUGACGAACUUCGGGGUUACCUGCUAUAUGAACUCAACGAUUCAGUGUCUGAGCGCGACGCUCAUACUGAGUAAGUUCUUCAUCGACGAUCGCUUUCGGUUCUACGUGCAGAAGAAUUGGAAAGGCUCUCAGGGAGUCAUGCCAGGCCUGUUCGCGAACCUGAUCCGGUCUCUGUGGAAAAACGACGUGGAGGUAAUUAUGCCGACCUCUUUCAGGAACUUCUGCGGGCGUCUGAAUCAAGAGUGGGCCAUCGACCGGCAGCAAGACGCCAAGGAGUUUUUUGACUUUGUGGUUGAUUGUCUCCAUGAGGACCUCAACAUCAAUUGGCAGAGGACGCCUCUGCGACCAUUGACUUUCAGCGAGGAAGUACAGCGGGAGAGAAUGCCGGUGUCCAAGGUCUCGCGGAUUGAAUGGGACCGGUAUUGCCAUCGCGAGGAGUCGUUCAUCUCGUCGCUCUUCGCGGGACAGCACGCCAGUCGCCUGCGAUGCACGACCUGCCAGCGAACGUCGACCACGUACGAAGCGUUCUACAGCAUCAGCGUGGAGAUCCCUCCGUCCGGAACGGGUGACGUCUACCAGUGCCUUCGAAGCUAUUGUCAGGAGGAAUUGUUGAGCGGCGACGAGGUGUGGAAGUGCCCGUACUGCAAGUGUGAGCGAGUUGCGACCAAACAGAUUAUCAUCACGCGGGCCCCGCAGAUUCUCGUGGUUCACUUCAAGCGGUUUUCGGCCUCGAAGACGCACAGCGCCCGAAAGAUCCACACGCCCAUCGAGUUUCCCUUGCACGGCCUUCGGAUGGACGAUUUCGUAUUUGCGCCGUCGAACCCGGGGCCAUCGGCAGAUCCGAGGGCACCUGCGCGACCGGAGAUGAUCUCAGCCACGGCGCCGCCGUUCACGUACGAUGCAUACGGGGUGCUCCGCCAUAUCGGGUCGUCGAUGGGGAGCGGGCAUUAUAUAUCGCUCGUCCGCGAUGCGCAGCGGCAAUGUUGGCGCCGAUUCGAUGAUCACCGGGUAACGGACUUUAAUCCUCGAGAUCUCCACUAUAAGGAUCGACUGCAGAACGAGCAAGCAUACAUUGUAUUUUACGAGCGAGUCCCGGCCAAGUGA